AAAUCGCUGAUUUUCAUAGCCACCGUCAAUCUUAUUUAUAUCAAAAUACGACGUCGUUCAUAAGUGACGGAAAGACUACUGAUGGAUUAUAACCAAACGUCGCCGUUUAACCGCCAAUCUCAACUCUUCGCUGGUAUCCGUUUCUUUCUUCUCGGAUUCGAUCCUAUCAAUAAAUCUGAGGUUUCACGGAAGCUUGUAAAUGGGGGUGGUGUUGAUGCCGGUCAAUAUGGUCCAACUUGUACUCAUGUUAUUGUCGAUAAAGCUAUUUAUGAUGAUCCUAUAUGUGUUGCUGCUAGACGAGAUGGAAAGAUAGUAGUUCUUGCUUUAUGGGUUGAUGUCUGCUUAGAUCACGGAUUUCUCCUGGAUGUAACUUCGAUAAUGUACAGACCAGUUAGAGAUUUAAACGGCAUUCCAGGUGCAAAGUCACUAGUUAUGUGUUUAACAGGAUAUCAACGCGAUGAUCGGGAAGAUAUUAUGAUCAUGGUUGAACGGAUGGGUGCACAAUUUUCAAAACCACUUAUAGCAACCAAGGUCACUCAUCUCAUAUGCUAUAAAUUUGAAGGUGAGAAGUAUCUGCUUGCAAAGAAAGUGAAGAGAAUUAAGCUUGUCAACCAUGGAUGGUUAGAAGACUGUUUAAAAGCAUGGGAGAUUUUACCCGAGGCAGAUUAUAGUAAGAGUGGUUAUGAGUUGGAGACGGAGGCUGAAGCCAAAGAUUCCGAAGAGGAAAUGGAAGGUGUUAAUAGAGAACAAAAUAAUGGAAUAUUUGGGACUCCCCAGCGUUCUCUGUUGUUUAAGCAGGAAACUCCAAAAUCUGUAUCAAACAUUAGUGCUUCCAAAGGCAUGGGUAAUGCUGAAGACAUGGUGUCAGUGACAAUGAAAACCAUGCCUGAUCAAUUUCCUAAUACCCACCAGGUCAAAGGUAGCAAUGAAAAUAAUUUUGGGGCUAUCUGUGAGCCAUAUUAUCAAUACAAAGGGACUAUUGGUGCUGCAGGCUCGGCAAACAGUGUCAUUGCCGCCUUUGCACCGGACAACAAAUCUCCAAUAAUUAAGGGAAAACAUGUCAUAUCUGCAGCUUAUGCUAGCAAAGUCCCUAUGAGAACCACACCACCUACAAGAGACACAAAUACAAGCAACACCAGCAGUGCCAAAAGACCGAGUAAGCUUAAUUUCCGUGAUGCCUUUGAUAUGUCAACUUCAUUGCUAGAAAAAGCAAAUGAUGAACAAAAGGGUCCUUUAUGUUCUGAAAGUGAGCAGAAGGGUUCACCUUUUGGGAAGAGGAAGAUGGACAUACCUUCUGGAAGUUCCAAGUUACUAAGGAUGAGUCACAAUGAGGAGGCAUCGCCUAAAGUAAGUCGACAUGCGAAAACUGCGUUUCAGGAGUUGAAUAAAACCCCUCCUGCUGAACUGAGUAAUCAUCGGUCACCUGGGACCGACAUUCUUUAUACAAAUUCUGGAGCUGCUAUUAGCCCUGCACAAAAAUCUCCAUCCAAAUUUCCUGUAAGGAAGUCUCCAAGGUCUAAGGGUAAGACUGUGAAUGUGCUUGUCUCCACAACUUCCACGCCAGAUAGCGGUCACGAUGAAGACUUCAUUGUAGCACAAAGACCACAAAAAGAUCACAGGGAAAGCAAUUUAGCUGCAAAUUUUGACGACAGAGAUUUGGAUAUGGUUGAAAAUGUGAUACAAGAAUUCGAGAAAUCAUAUACUUCUGCAGGUAGUUCUGAUCUUCAGAAAUCCAGUACUAGUGCUGGAUCAAAUUCAAAACUUAUUAAAAGGAAGUCAGCUGGCAAGAAGUUUUCGGCCCCUAAUCAAGAUCUUGGUAAAAAGAAGACCGUGAAUAAGAAAGGUUCUAUAUAUUUGAAAAACAACGAGCCAGUAAACAAUGCAACAACGGUUAUGAUUGAUGUUACGAAGCUUGCUGACGAUGAUAGUUCUUUUGAGUGUCAGGCUCUUGAUAAAGUCACCCCAGAGGACAAAUCAGGUACAGAGGUAAAGAUGGUUGUGAAUGAUGGCAUAAAAGCUGUGAAUGGGUCUGGUAAGAUAUUUGUAAACAUGGAUGAUGAAACCGAGCCACCAGAAGAGACCGAAGAGGCGAGCAAAGUUGGUGUACCAGAAAACACUGUUGCCGUGACGGAAGAGAAAGCAGAAGGGGAUCGUAGUGAUGUAGAUCAAAGUAUUGACAAAGAUGUCAUAACUGAAUGUGGGAAUGUAAUGUCCGUUAAGCAUAAAGUUCCAAUGGAGAAAUCUGAUGAUGCUGUAAAUCUUGUGAGUGUAAAUACAUCUAAAGGUAAGAAAAAAGGUAGGAGUACCACUCUUUCAGUCAACGGGUUGACUAAUAAUAAAGCUGCAAAAAAGAAGCAACUUGCCAGUGACAAUAAAGUUGAGAAACCAGAAAUUAGGGAAGCAGCAGCCGGGCAACCGGAGAGUAACGUAAAUGAUCUGGCGAACGUUAUGGAAGUGGAGAGAGCAGAAGGUGUUGGUAUUAACCCUGAGCAUAUCAAUGAUGAAGUCGAUUAUACAGAGACUGUGUUGAACAAAAAGGAAUCUGUUAAGAACGUUAUGGGAGUGGAGAGAGCAGAAGGUGUUGGUAUUAAUCCUGAGGAUAAGGAUGAUGAAGAAGAUUAUACAGAAAUUGUGUUGAACAAAAAGGAAUCCGGGCCAAGUAAGAAUCCCCUAAGUAAAACCAAGGAUGCUGCUGCUCUAUCUGUUAAACAGUCGACUGAUAAGAAAGCUGGCAACAAGAAGGAACUUGCGUGUCUCAAUAAUGAGGAACCGGUAAUAAGAGAAGAAACAAGGAAUUAUGUUAAGAACUCUACAGAAUUGAAGAGUAGAGAAGGCAUAUGUAGUGACCUUGAUCAUAAGAAUGAUGAAAAAGAUGAGACAGAGAAUGUUGUUAACUCGCUGGGAAGUAAGAAAAGUAAACGCCGUUUGAGUAAACCUGGGAAAGAUGCUGUUCUUUCUGUAAAAGAGGUAACCAAUACAAAAGUAGUUAAGAAAAGAAAACCAACUUCUAGUGGCUGUGAUGUGGAAGAACAGAAGGAAAAUAUGCAACUUCCUGUUGAUGAACAAAGCACUCAUGACAACCAUGUCAUUGAGAAUAUCAAUCCCAAACCAACAAAGGUGAAGUCCGAUGCUAUCAAAGUAGAACCUAUGUGGUUUAUUUUAACUGGACAUAAGUUGCAAAGAAGGGAGUUCCAGCAGAUCAUACGGAACUUGAAAGGAAGAGUGUGCAGAGUGUCUCACCAAUGGUCGUAUCAGGCAACUCAUUUCAUUGUCCCCGAUCCCAUACGCAGAGUCGAGAAGUUCUUUGCUGCUGCUGCAUCUGGAAGCUGGAUACUGAAGAUCGAUUACUUAUCUGCAAGUAACCAGGCAGGAAAAUUUCUAAAAGAGGAGCCAUAUGAAUGGUACAAGAAUGGUCUAAGUGAAGAUGGUCAAAUUAACUUGGAGGCUCCAAGGAAGUGGCGGCUUUUGAAGGAGAGCACAGGCCAUGGUGCCUUUUAUGGGAUGCGUAUCGUCAUCUAUGGGGAGUGCAUUGCCCCUCCUUUGGAUACACUUAAGCGCGUGGUGAAGGCUGGAGAUGGGACUAUAUUAGCAACCUCUCCGCCUUACACACGCUUCUUGAAUACUGGUGUUGACUUUGCGGUAGUUAGUCCGGGCAUGCCACGUGUCGACAUAUGGGUUCAGGAAUUCUUAAACCAUGAGAUACCAUGCAUCUCAGCUGAUUAUCUGGUGGAAUACGUAUGCAAACCUGGAUAUCCCCUUGAAAAACAUGUCCUUUAUGAUACAAAUGUUUGGGCCCAGAGAUCAUAUAACAAUUUACUGAACCGGUUAAACGAAGUAACUACUGAGCCCGGAACUCCAGAUAGCAAUGAUGUGGCAUGUGAGGUGUGUGGAUCACGUGAUAGAGGUGAAGAAAUGCUGAUAUGUGGGAAUGAAAGCGGCACAACUGGCUGUGGUGCUGGUACCCACAUUGAUUGUUGUGAUCCGCCACUUGACGAUAUUCCUGAAGAAGAUUGGUUUUGUCCAAAGUGUAGCAAGCCCAAGAACAGCAAGGCUACUAGUAAUAGUAAGAAAAGCAGCAAAAGAAAAGGCAAGUAGUUUAGUCAUUUUAUUCAAUAUUUACAUAGUGGUUUUGUAGUACAAAAUAAUAUAUGUAUAUUGGUGUGAAUUUGUACAAAUUUUGUUAGCAAGUUAUGCUCUUAUUGGAAUCCCAAAUAAAUGUGAAUUUGCAUGUCUAAUUUAAUA